CACGUUGCUUUAUUAAACCAUUAGAAAGCAAAUAGAAAAUGGGGCUAGCAUUUAAUGUUUUCUUCGUCACUUUCAUAAUUAUUGGUACAUCUGCUAUUUUUACAGAAGCCAAACAAUCUUCUCACUGUCUUCGUGGAAUCACAGUUAAAGAUAUACUCAUGCUUGCUGGAAUCAAGGGAGCGGCUUUACUCUCCUACGUCGCCAAGAUGAAGGCAGAAAAUAUUGAUCAAACUGUCCUCUCAAGUCUAACGUAUAAACAACUUGGUAACAUUGGUAUAUCAAAGAUUGGAGAUCGUCACAAGUUGCACAAAUUCCUUUCAAAGGAUGGAAAUGACUGCAACAACUCUGUGUGUAAAAACAAGGGAAUUUGCCGAGAUGGUUUUCGCUGUUUUUCAUGCAUUUGUGAUCCAACAAGUGGGUAUUAUGGUCUGACUUGCCAACGGAAAUGUCCAUGUUUAAAUGGAGGUGUUUGCAAGACAGUUCCUACAGGUUUCAAAUGUGUCUGCCCGCCUGGCUACUCUGGUGAUCUAUGUAAGGUGAAAUAUUUAACAGAGGAAAGACUUCUUCAACUGGAGAAUUCAGUGAAACAGUUAAGCUCAAAGUUGGAACAAACCGAAAAAGAACUGGAAUCUCAGAAAUCUCAACUGGAAACUUUGAAACGCAACGAUAGAGGAACGUGGAGGUUACGACGAACAAAUGAGAUUUUGAAUCAACUGGAGAAGUUACGAUUGCAUCUUGCAAAACCAACCUACACACAAAAAAUCCCCAUCAUGUUCCCCCAAAACACUCGAGCUAUAAUAAUUUCCGUCUACUGCCACUACGGGAACCACAAAGGAGCUGCUGACUUGUACUAUGUAACACAUCAAAAAGGAAACGACGACAGUUCGGGAAAAGUUGAAGGCUACAACUUGCAUUACAAUGUCCAUGGAAAUACAUUUUUAUACGAACAAAUGAUUCCAUGGAACAAUACUCUCGCAAAUGAACUAGUUUUCAAAGUAACAUACUCCCGCUAUGAAAGUAGGAAUCCUCACAGUUGGUAUCGUGUUCGUUUAGUUGGCUAUGUGAUUGAUUAACUGAGACACUAACACCAAGCAAUUCUUUAAGAAAUACUUAAAACAGCAUAUAAUAGUUUUAGUGUAAGAAUGUAACAAUUUGUCAUUAUUUGUGAGAUAAUACAAUGCUUUACAUAGUA